UCUAAGCUUUGGUCGCCGUGUGGUCUAUGAGCUUCUUCGACGAUGGGUAUGAGAUUUCGUUUGCGGAUAGCGAUUUACUUUUAAGUAAUCAGUCUUGGCUUUUUUGUCGAGCGAGAAGCGAGAAGAAGAAGAAGAAGAAGAAGAAAGAUCGUCCAUGUCGGUCUGCGACGGCGAAGCAUCGAAGCAUGUCGGUCUGCGACGGCGGAGCAUCGAAGCAGGCGAAAAAGAGGCCGUCCUCAGAAAGUGGUUGCGGAGGAAGGCAGAGGAGGAUCAAAAGGAAGUAGACAAGUCUUCUUCGUCAGCAGCCACCGUCGCCGCCGCCGCCGCCGCCGCCGCUGGUGUAAGGAAGGAACAGAUGGGCCGAAACGGGACCUAGCUGUAUCCUCCACGUGGCCCGCUAAGUGAAGGCCCAAUAGGUUUAAGGGGCCACUUCUUCCGGCCCUCGGGCUGGCUCUUUUUCUAGGGUUCGCCACAACGGGCGCGGACGGCAUCGGCGAUCGGCGGAGACGCAGGUGCGAUCAUUCUAGCCUGCUCCUUGUUCUGGUUCGCUUUCUUCCGCCCUCGCUUCGCCUUCUCUUCCUCCGCAGUAUCAACUAUCAAAGGUUGCAGUGACUUCUUCCCCUCCUGUUGUCCUCAAUCACUCCAUCGUCAAAGGCUGAUACUCCUCGAUCAAAGGGCGCAUUUUUGGGAAGAUUACCUGCCUACAAUUGGUAGCCGAGCCCUUCUCUUCCGCUGCUGCAAUCGGGGCACAUACAAUGUCUCUAUCAACCUUAUGCAGAAGAGUGGGUCUCAAAGAUCUUGUUUCAAAUGUUACCGUCUAUAGCGGUGCUAAUGAGGCAUCUGGAGGGCUGAGUUUGAUCUUUCGACGUUGGGCCACAAAAAAGACUGCAGGGUCCACAAAGAAUGGACGUGACUCACGGCCCAAAAACCUGGGUGUUAAGAAAUUUGGCGGAGAGAAGGUGAUUCCUGGCAACAUCAUAGUUCGUCAACGAGGCACGAGGUUCCAUCCUGGUGACUACGUUGGAAUGGGGAAGGAUCACACAUUAUUUGCGCUAAAAGAAGGUCAUGUUCGCUUCGAGCGCCAUAAGCUUAGCGGUCGGAAAUGGGUGCAUGUUGAUCCAAGCGAAGGUCAUGUUCUUCACCCCAUCUAUACAAAUGCUGGCCUUGAAGCUGAUGCAGAAAGUCGGUUGUGCUAGUGAAGCAUUUAAUCCGAGAGUAGUUUGUUCACUCGUCUUUGGAGAAGAGAUUGCUGAAAGAGCAGAAGUUAGAAAACUUUCUUUUAUCUGCCUGUAAUAACAUUGCUUUGCUUUCAGUGUGUUGACAAUAAGCUAUCCUAUCCUAUCGGACAGAUUAAUCAA